AUGCGAGCAGCUUUGUUAUGGACCAUUAGUGACUUCCCUGGACUUGGUAAUUUAUCGGGUUGGAAUGUGCACACGGGUUUGGCUUGCCCUUCUUGUAACUUUGAUGCCACAGAAGUUCGUUUGAAUCACGGGAAGAAAAGUUGCUUUAUGGGACAUCGUCGUUUUCUUCCUCUUAACCAUAGGUUUAGGAAAGAUAAGCAACAAUUUAACGGUGAUAUAGAAUCAAGGAUUCCUCCUAUAACACCAACAGGCUCCACUGUUCUCCAACAGAUUCAAGAUAUUGAGAUUACUUUGGGGAAAAAAUUAGAUCAUUUGGGAAGAAAGAGAGGUCGAGGUGAAGUACAUCAAUGGAAGAAACGUAGCAUAUUUUUUGAACUACCAUACUGGGAAUAUCUUUUCUUGAGACAUAAUCUCGAUGUCAUGCAUAUAGAGAAGAAUGUGUUGGAUAAUGUAGUGUUUACAUUAUUGGAUGAUAAAGGCAAAUCCAAGGAUAAUCUUAGUGCAAGAAAAGAUCUCCAAGAACUUGGUAUACGUUCUAAGUUAUGGCCUGAUCAGAGUGGUAAAUAUCUUCCUGCGUGUUUUACAAUGACUAACGAGGAAAAGGAUGUUUUUCUUGAUAUCUUGAAGAGUUUAAAGCUUCCAGAUGGGUAUUCUUCUAAUAUUUCCAACUGUGUUGAUCUGAAUCAGCGAAAGUUAAUGGGGUUAAAGAGCCAUGAUUGUCACAUCUUGAUGGGUCAAUUGUUAUCUAUAGCACUACGUAAUGUGUUACCUCAAGAAGUAGCCUUUGUUGUUACUGAGUUAUGCCAGUUUUUCCGGGAAAUAUGUUCUAAAGUAAUUGAUAUCAUUUAUUUGGAUAAGUUACAAGAGCAUAUUGCUCUCACUUUAUGCCAUUUAGAGAUGGUAUUUCCUCCUUCAUUUUUCACGGUAAUGGUACAUUUAACCGUUCAUUUGACUGAAGAAGUUAAAUUAGGAGGACCAGUUCAGUUUCGAUGGAUGUAUCAUAUCGAGAGGAUCCUUGGACAUUUCAAAUCUUUAGUUAGAAAUCAAGCAAGACCUGAAGAUUCCAUAUGUGAGCAGUAUAUUGCUGAAGAGUGUUUGAAUUUUAGCUCCAUGUACCUUAAUGGGAUAGAAACAAGGUUUAAUAGGAUUGGAAGAGUGGAUGAUCGGCCAAUGGUUGAGAAUAGCUUAGGUUCGGAUUCACAGAUUCCACUGGCUUUUCCUUUAGUUGGGAGAUUUGUUGGCGCUUCUAGGUUGGAUACUCUAAGUAAUUUAGAGUGGCAGCAGGCACAUCGAUACAUACUAUUCAAUUGUUCGUUCUUGGAUGAAUAUCGCGAGAGGUUCAAGAAUGAAUUAAGGAGGUCUCAAUUAAGACGGCGACGGAGAGGUAACCAAAUAAACAUUGAUCGGCAUGUGCAUCUCCAUUUUGGUAAAUGGCUUAAAGAAAGGGUUGGAAAAAAUGAAAUUCCUGGUUUAUCUAGUGAUAUUCAUUGCCUUGCUCAUGGUCCAUCUGAUAAAGUGUUGAAGUUUAGUGCAUUUAAUAUUAAUGGAUUCAAAUUCAGAACUCUAGAAAGAGAUCAAGACUUGAAAACUCAGAAUAGUGGAGUGUUUGUCUCGGCGGAAACCAUUAGUUAUGCUAGUUCAAGUGAUGUUAAUCCAAGAGCUGGAGAUGUUUCUUAUUAUGGGAAACUAGUUGAGAUUAUUGAGUUGAAUUAUUAUGACACAUUCAGAGUUGUAUUGUUCAAAUGCAAAUGGGCUGAUACUCGUGAUUCUCGAGGCUAUAGGAAAGAUGAUUUUGGUUAUGAAGCUGUAAAUUUUUCUCGAUCAAUACACAGUGGAGAUGGUGAAGAAGAUGAACCGUAUGUAUUGGCUUCUCAAGCUAAAUUAGUUUAUUAUGUGGAUGAUCCAUUAGAGAAAGGGUGGAGUAUAGCAGUCAAAGUCCAGCCAAGAGAUCUCUAUGAUAUGGGUGAUUUGGAUGCUCCAAAUGUUAUUAUUGAAGAUUCUCCUACUCAGAGUCCAAUCUUAAACUGUGAUAAUAUAUCUAGUAUAACAUUAGUGAGACAAUUCGAGAAUCUUGACAAUUCUUAUGCUCCAAGUGAUUUAGAUACUAAUAUGGAGAAUGAAGAUUUCUUUGCUCCACCUCCUCUUGGACCAGAAUUAGCUGGUGGGAAAUGGAAAGUUCAUGUUAUAGAUGAUGAUGGAAAGAUUACAGAAGAAAAUAUUAUUGGAAAGCAAGUCUGGAGUAUGCAGAAACGUCGAGUUAUUGUCGAGUUUAAUAGGAAUGGACAGCCUAUCAAAGAUUCAGGAGGUUUGUUAGGUUCAUGGUUAGGUUCUUUGAGCUAUGAUCUUAACAUUUUACCUAUCAAUUACACCGAUUGGAGGAACAUUCCUCAAUAUAGGAAGGAGAUGGCAUGGACAAUAAUUCAGGAAAAAGAGAGUGGCGUUGAACCAAGUCGAGGUGAAAUGUUUAUUGCCUCACGCACGAGAUCAGAUGGAAGUAUGAUUUGCGAGGAAGCAAGAUUAUGUGCGGACCAGAUUAAGGACAUUAUGAAUCUUCCAGGCCAAACAUCAAGUAAUGAUGCUAUAACUCAAGUUUUUGGUCCUGAGCAUUCAGGACGAGUGCGAUGUGUAGGUCAUGGUCCGGCGCCAUCCAAAUACUUCUCAAGUUUGGGCUCCACAACGGAGAUAGCUGAGAUUAAGUCAACAAUAAAGAAUCUCGCAGAUAAAGUUGAUAUUAUUGCUAGUGCUCUUCAUAAAGCUUUGACAUGCAACCAAUUCCAGGUGAAUGAAACAAGUGGAACAGAUGAAAACAUAUUCCGUAACAUUCACAAUGCAACAAAAAAGAGGAAACACCAAGAUUUACACAAAGAUUUAUCUCCUGUUGUUCAGACCACACCAAGAGCUAAGAUUCUUCUCCCUCCUCUUAUUAGUUUCCAAGUCAACCACUUCAGCAGCUUCUGUCGGCUGUGUCUAUCCCCAGAUCUCAACACAUCUUCAUCAAUGAAGGAAACUGAUGAUGUCUCGCAAGGAUCACCAGCCAGAGAAAGAGAAACCUCGUCAGAUCAAGAUCUAUCCAAAACCGAAACGAUCCUCCCUGUCUCGCUCGAUCUCAAGCUCAACGACAGCUUCAACGACGACGACACAAAGGGAACAAAGUGCAAAUCCAACCCGAGAGUCUUCUCGUGCAACUACUGCAGACGCAAGUUCUACAGCUCUCAAGCUCUUGGAGGUCACCAAAACGCUCACAAGCGAGAGCGAACGAUGGCGAAACGAGCAAUGCACAUGGGGAGAAUGUUUGGCCACCACCAUCACAGGCCUUACACGUACACAUCUUCUUCCCUCGGGAUGCAAGCUCACUCCGGUGUACUUCACCAUCCACAUCAGCCUCCUCCUCUUGCUAGGUUUCAUCAUCAAGGGUAUUUUGGUAACACUGUGCCAGUGUUCUUUGACUAUGAUGAUGGCAGUGACUUCUACUGGCCCGGGAGCUUCCGCCAGGUUGUUGAAGCUCCGGUGGUGGCGGCUGUUACAGAGUCGGGUCUUGAUCUGAACUCUGCUGCAGCAAAUGCAAGUGUAGUAGAUAAUAACAAUAGCUCAAGGCCUGAUCUUACCUUGAGACUCUAA